AUGGCGAAUGUGAAGGUUGAAGGCAUCGACGAACCAAGCCGAAUUGAAGAGAAUGAGGGGAUUAAAGAGGAGAAACAUCAUGUCAAAAUUGAGGAAAAAACUCAUUUAGAGACUGAUGGUAUUUUGAAAAGGAGAGACAAGAAUUGUUUCACCUGCACUCAGUGUGGAAAGAGUUUCAGCUGCUCAUCACACCUUAAAAAUCACAUAAGAAUCCAUACUGGAGAGAAACCAUUCACAUGCACUCAGUGUGGGAAAAAAUUCAGCCAAUCAUCAUCCCUUAAUCAACACAUGAGGAUCCACACUGGAGAGAAACCAUUCACUUGCACUCAGUGUGGGAAGAGUUUCAGCAUAUCAUCAAACUUGAAUCUACACAUGAUGAUCCACACUGGAGAGAAACCAUUCACAUGUACCCAGUGUGGGAAGAGUUUUAACAGAUCAUCACACCUUAAUCAACACAUGAUGAUCCACACCGGAGAGAAACCAUUCACAUGCACUCAGUGUGGGAAGAGUUUCAGCUGCUCAUCAUCCCUUAAUAAACACAUGAGGAUCCACACUGGAGAGAAACCAUUCACAUGUACCCAGUGUGGGAAGAGUUUUAACUGCUCAUCACACCUUAAUCAACACAUGAUGAUCCACACCGGAGAGAAACCAUUCACAUGCACUCAGUGUGGGAAGAGUUUCAGCUGCUCAUCAUCCCUUAAUCAACACAUGAGGAUCCACACUGGAGAGAAACCAUUCACAUGUACCCAGUGUGGGAAGAGUUUUAACUGCUCAUCACACCUUAAUCAACACAUGAUGAGCCACACUGGAGAGAAACCAUUCACAUGCACUCAGUGUGGGAAGAGUUUCAGACAAUCAUCAUCCCUUAAUCAGCACAUGAGGAUCCACACUGGAGAGAAACCAUUCACAUGCACUCAGUGUGGAAAGAGUUUCAGCCAAUCAUCACACCUUAAUCUACACAUGAUGAUCCACACUGGAGAGUGUCCAUUCACAUGCACUCAGUGUGGGAAGAGUUUUAACUGCUCAUCAUCCCUUAAUCGACACAUGAUGAUCCACAGUGGAGAGAAACCAUUCACAUGCACCCAGUGUGGGAAGAAUUUCAGACGAUCAUCACACCUUAAUAAACACAUGAGGAUCCACACUGGAGAGAAACCAUUCACAUGCACUCAGUGUGGGAAGAGUUUUAACUGCUCAUCACACCUUAAUCGACACAUGAGGAUCCACACUGGAGAGAAACCAUUCACUUGCACUUAAGCCGUGGUCACACUGGACUUUUCUCCACAUAGACUUCCAUUCAUAUGCACGCGAAUGCAUCAGACAGGAAACAAAGUUUGUGCGUCAAGUUUCGCAGUCCACUGCAUUGCAAAGUUCAAGCUUGGUGAACUCCGACCUGCAAAAUUGCAUCAUUUGACUGUGUGAGACCAAUCGUAGAUCAAAACAUGACCUCCCUGGACAGAAAUGUAAAAUAUGGACCAAUCGCUCACUCUUUUAAUGUCUAAUCAUCUUGUUUAAUCCCACCCCUUUUCGCAGCGCCUUACAACAGAAUUUUGCUUGCUCUAACUCCAGUGUGACCCCAGCUUCGGCGUGGGAUGAGUUUCAGCAACUCAUCAGACCUUAAUAAACACAUGAAGACCCUCAUUGGAGCAUUCACAUACACUCAGUUUGGGAAGAGUUUCAACUGAUCAGCAAACCUUAAUGAACACAUUCUUCAUGUUCACUAGUGUGAGAGUAUAUGUGCUUUGAGUGUGAGAAGACUUUAAUUACAGCUACAAAAUUGAAACUGCACCAAACGAUUCACUGGAGAGACUGUACAGGUGUUCACACUGUGACAAGAGGUUUAAUCAGUGAACACAUCUGAAAACACAAAAGAGGAUUCACACUGGAAAGAAACUGUACAGAUCUGAUCAGUGUCUACUAGGGCUGGGUAUCGUUCCAAAAUUUUUUAUACCGAUACCCUGAAUUCGAUACCGGUUCUGAACGAUACUUUUUUCGAUACUUUUAAGAAAUAGAUUUUAACAAGAUUAUUUUAUUUAGGAUGUUUGUGACACUUUUCACAGCAGGUUUAUGUCUAAGACCAAUAAACA